AAGUGAAAUAAUUUCCAUUCACUUAAAAGAAAAGAAUCCAAUACCCAACCCCUCCCUUUAAAUAUUUUCAACUGUUCUCAAAACAUUAAUCAUUCAUCAUAUCUUCAUUCUUCUCUAAACUAUCAGCAGCAGUUAGGAAGAUUGUUUGGCAACUGCAUAUCAAGAAGCUUUGUAACGCAACUACUACAAUGGCCAAUGUUGUGGAGCUUAAAGUUGGUUUGCACUGCGACGAAUGCAUCAAGAAAAUCUUGAAGACAAUCAAGAAAAUUGAAGAUAUUGAAACAUAUGAUGUGGAUACACAACUAAACAAGGUAACAGUAACUGGAAAUGUGACGACUGAAGAGGUGAUCAAAGUUCUUCACAAGAUCGGGAAACAAGCAAGCAACUGGGAUCAACAAUCAAGUUGCUAAUCAAUAAGCCCAGACUGCGCUAUUUUAUACUACUAUACAAUAUCAUCCUAUUAAUACUUGUCCUGA